UCGGUAAUUGUGUACAGUACCGCAAUGUUAUACCUUUUAGUGACUUUGACAAGUGUAGUUUCACUUUUAUACUUUUAUUUUACAAGGACUUUCAAUUAUUGGAAGGAUAGAAAUGUACCUGGACCUAAACCUUUACCAUUCUUCGGCAACCUUAAGGAAACCACUCUGAGACGUAAGCAUGCCGCAGUAGUUUUUAAAAGUAUUUACGAUGCAUAUCCCAAUGAGAAAGUGGUCGGAGUCUACAGAAUGACCACACCUUGUCUACUGCUCCGCGACUUGGACGUUAUUAAGCACGUCAUGAUUAAAGACUUUGAUAUGUUCGUCGACAGAGGAGUCGAAUUCAGUAAAGAAGGACUAGGAGUUAAUCUAUUCCAUGCUGAUGGAGACACAUGGAAAGUCCUGAGGAACAGAUUCACACCAGUUUUUACUUCUGGUAAACUGAGAAAUAUGUUGUAUCUUAUGAUUGAACGGGGUGAUCACUUUGUUGACUAUGUUGAGAACCUCCGUGCAAAGAAAUCGGAACAACCUAUACAUGUCCUCGUUCAGAAGUUUACAAUGGCUACUAUCUCCGCUUGCGCCUUUGGCUUGGACUUGGAUGAAGAUAUGUAUCAAGUAUUGAAUAAAAUAGACAAAAUGAUUUUUACUGCAAACUACAGCAACGAGUUAGAUAUGAUGUAUCCUGGUAUACUGAAAAAGUUUAAUGGUUCAAUAUUUCCUAAAUACGUAAACACUUUCUUCGAUAACCUCGCACAGACUGUCGUUAAACAAAGAGGUGGAAUGCCAACAAAUAGAAAGGACUUUAUGGAUUUGAUUUUGGCGUUAAGACAACAGAAAACAAUUGAAGGGACGAAAAAAAUGGACAAUGACAAACUGAGGAUAGUUGAAUUGACGGAUACCGUCAUUGCUGCCCAGGCUUUUGUGUUCUACGCGGCUGGCUAUGAGACCAGCGCUUCCACCAUGACAUAUUUGUUCUACGAACUGGCGAAACAUCCUGAGAUACAAGAUAAAGUCAUUGCAGAAAUUGACGAAGUUGUUAAAAGACACAACGGUGAAAUAAGCUAUGACUGUUUAAAUGAAAUGACUUAUUUGCAGCAAGUGUUUGAUGAAACAUUACGGAAAUAUCCAAUUAUAGAUCCUUUGCAACGCAACGCUCAAAUGGACUACACAAUCCCAGGCACUAAUGUUACUGUCAAAAAAGGACAAACUGUACUUGUGAAUCCUAUGGGUAUCCAUUACGAUCCUAAGCACUACCCCAACCCUGAGAAGUUUGAUCCUGAACGGUUUAGUCCUGAAAAUGAGAAAGACAGACAUUCGUGUGCUUAUAUGCCAUUUGGAACUGGACCCAGGAAUUGUAUUGGUAUGCGGUUUGCGAAGGUUCAAUCCCGAGUGUGUGUAGUCAAGUUUUUGUCGAAGUUCCGAGUGGAACCUUCGAGAAACACACCGAACGUGUUGGACUAUGACCCCAUGCGGCUUGUUCUCUUUCCCAAGGGAGGAAUCCAUUUGAAUGUUAUAUGUAGAUAGAUGAAAUCUCUGCUUCGACGGUCAUGACAACUAAAGUAUGAAAUUAAUAAAUGGUUUAUAAAUCUA